AUGGAAGCAGCUGACGAGAAAAAGUUCCCAAACCGCUGGGCGGAAACAGUCAGCACAAAACACGCCGAUUUGAUUUUCAUCAUCUGCUCCCUGACAACCGGUCUCUGCGAUGGAGUCAUCUACGCCUCCUUCGGUUGCUUUAUUAGCAUGCAGACUGGAAAUACCGUAUUCCUUGGACUGGGAACGUCCGGAAUACCCGAAAGCAAGCCAUAUGGCUGGUUGAAGUCGCUCACAUCAAUUUGCGGAUUCAUAGUUGGUUCGUUUGUCUUUGCUACCGUUUCACGGGCCACUGGGAAUCGGAGGAGAGGGACCUUGACGGUGUCUUUUGCUAUCCAGGCGCUCUUCGUCCUAGUUGCUGCAUCCAUAUUUCAAGCUGGGUCAAUUCCACACUCUCUAACUGAUCAGCCAACCAGUGGAACUCUCUUUCUCGAGUUGAUCCCCUUGGCUAUCCUCGCAUUUCAAUUCGGUGGCCAGAUUACUGCCAGCCGCGGCAUGGGCUUCAAUGAGCUGCCGACCGUCGUGCUGACGUCGGUUUACUUUGACAUUGCAUCUGACCCAGCACUCGUAUCUGGCGUCACUGCAAACCUGAAGCGCAACAGGAGGAUGGGGUCCGUCGUGGCAAUCGUGCUUGGCGCUAUUAUCGGCGGCUGGCUGUGCCAUAGCGACGCCGAAAUGCAGAGCGCGUUGUGGAUCUCGGGUUUUAUCAAGGCCUGUAUGGCUGUUGCAUGGGCUUUCUGGCCGGCUGCUACUGCUGAAUAG